AUGCCCGAGAUUCAGCGAGUGUGCGAGUGUUUACACCCCCCUCUUUCUGGAAAAAGCCGACGCCACCCACAUCUGGGGCUGUUGCCUUACGGGGGCGAGGCACACGAUGGAUGUCUCGGCAUCGGACAGAAUCGGGUCCCACUGAUAGAUCAGAAUGAGGGGAAUGAGGGGAAGUGCAAGUCCAGUUUAGGUAUUCCCGCAGCAUCUGCACAUGCACGCCUAGUGAUCACGAAAAGGUUCCCGCUGGAUAUACUCUUCCUAAUAAUUUUCCGAUGCCUCCAGACUAGGAAGUUCAGGUUCCCGACGGUCCUGAGAAUGGACAUGGUGCCAUGCGGAUGUUCGAGAACGUCUCAGCUGGUGCUGCCUCUGGUGUUCUUGAGUUUCGCCGAGUUGUUGGAUGAGGGCGUGCACAUUUAUCUCGCUUCUUCUGACAUAAAGUCGAUAUCCUUCUCUCUUCCUGCCAUGAAGGACAUUUAA